CGGCUCUAUUUAACGGUCCCGCGCGCACCGUGCGCCCUCAUGCCGUCCUCGGGUCCGUCAUGGCUGUCCGGCUCUCCCACGUCCUCCCCCCCGCGGUGCUGCUCGUGCUGGCCGUCGUGGGGAUUCUGCUGGUGGUUCUUCCAGCCCGAGAGAUGAAGACGGCUCCGGACAACAUGUACGGGAUCGUCCUGGAUGCGGGCUCGUCCCACACCUCCAUGUACAUCUACAAGUGGCCGGCCGACAAGCAGAACGGCACCGGCAUCGUCACGCAGCACGACGAGUGUCACGUCAAAGGUGGAGGGAUCUCCAGCUACGCGGGCAAACGGGGAGGUGCGGCGAAGAGUCUGGAGGCCUGCAUGCAGCAAGCCCUGAACAAGAUCCCCAAACCCAGGCAGAGGCAGACGCCGCUGUGCCUGGGCGCCACGGCCGGCAUGAGGCUGCUGGACAUCGUUAACUCCACGGAGGCCCAGCGGGUGCUGAAGGAAGUGGAGACCAAGCUGCGCUCCUACCCCUUCCACUUUAAAGAGGCGGUGAUCCUGAGCGGGCAGGCGGAGGGGGCGUACGGCUGGGUCACCGUCAACUACCUCCUGGAAAACUUUGUCAAGUAUGGCUUCAUUGGCCAGUGGCUGAAUUCUGGCAAAGAGACGAUCGGUGCGCUGGAUUUAGGUGGAGCCUCCACUCAGAUCACGUUCGAAACUCCAGAGACAGUUGAGGACAAGAGCAACCUGAUGGAGCUGAAGCUUUACGGGAAAACCUACAAACUGUACACACAGAGCUUCCUGUGCUACGGCCAGGACCAGUUUCUGAGAAAACUCAUGGCUCAUCUCAUCAAGACUCAGGGCGUGAGGUCCUACGUACUUCACCCCUGCUACCCACGACAGUUCAACACCACCAUCAAGCUGGGGGAGGACGUCUUUAACUCUCCGUGUACCAAGAACUACCGGCCGGCCAAGUUUGACCCUCACAUGAACGUGACGGUGGUGGGGAUGGGAGAUUAUGACUGGUGUCUGGCCGACGUGAGGACCAUGUUCUCCUUCAGCAAUUGCAACUACAGCAAGUGCUCCUUCGAUGGAGUCUUCCAGCCCAGAGUGAAAGGAAGCUUCAUGGCUUUCUCUGCAUUCUACUUCACCUACAGCUACCUCACCCGCCUCACCAGCAUCCCCAUCACGUCCCCCAACCAGACGGCCAAGGCGGUGCGGCUCGUCUGCGGAAUGAACAUGGCCGAGAUGGUGGAGAAGACGAAACAGGAAGAGAGGUACAUGAAGAGCGUCUGCGCCGUCUCCAACUUCGUGCAGGUUCUCCUGACGCAGGGUUACGACUUCGACGAGGUUUCCUUUCCCACCAUCUCGUUUCAGAAGAAGGCCGGAGGAGCGUCUGUCGGCUGGGCUCUGGGUUACAUGCUGAGUCAGAGCAACCUGGUGCCGGCAGAGAGGCUGGGGCUGAUGAAGGCCAUGCCCUCGGGGCCGUGGGCCGGCAUCCUCACCCUCUUCAUCCUCCUCCUCAUCUUCGCACUGGGAUACAUACUGGUGAUAUACAGAAAGGCGAGAACUAACCAAGACCUGGUGUAGGAAGCAUCCUAAAGCGUGCCCGCCUUCGUCCAAACAUGGGAAAAUCAUAUCAGCAACUCUCAGCUUCCUCCUGCAGAAUCGCAUGUUCAUAUGUAUAAAAUGAAACCAAAGAAUAAACCUUGUCCUCUUUUUUUAGA